CCGACCCCACCACUCGCCCGCCAGCGUCAUCGCCGCCCCUCGGCGCUUGGCGCAGACCCUUCCGACAUGGUCCACACGUACAAGCAUCGAGUUCACGCUGCACGCACACGAAGACGCUGGACCUGCAUGUCCCCACUCGCUGCUGCUGCUGCUGCUGCUGCUGCUGCAACUGCACGCCUGCUAUCCAUUGACGAGCCUCGAUCCGAGCCUGUCCACUUUGCUGCUCGUGCCAUGCUCGUGCAUCGUCGGGCGCUCCCUCAAACGGCAGCCUGGAAGAGUACGUGGCCUGCGAACACCGUCUUCCCCAGUCCAUGGGUUCAACGCACCACCCCUCUCCACGGCACCGCCGUGGCCCAAUGUCACCCUGUCACCACCGCUUGCCUGCACGUGCAUUCCCCUCGCUCCACGCAUACACGCAGCAAUACCACCACACGUUGUGCACCACGGUCAGAAAGAACAGCUUUUGAUUCCUCAUUAUCAGUCAUAAUAGUCCGUCGCCGGCUGUCCUAAAUAGACACAAUCCCUCGAAAACAAUAACCCUUGUUCCAGCGCUGCUCGUUGCGCUGACCGAAAAAGAAUAAGAAACAUAAGCCAAGUAGAACAUCCGCCCAACGAGCAUGCACCCUCCAAAGCAUCGUCAUCGCAU